CCAAUCGGGGUAUAGGAAGGGUUUUGGAACCACAACGGCGUUGGCAAAAGUGACCCACGACAUCUACAGUAACCUGGAUUCCAAUCGCUGCACUGUGAUGGUGCUGGUCGAUUUCUCGUUGGCAUUUAAUUGUGUCGAUCACCGAUUACUCGCAGCGAAGCUUAACGAAGAGUUCCGGUUCUCUGAAACAGCAUGUCGGCUAGUUUCGUCAUUUCUGGGACAACGGCAACAAGCAGUACGAAGCGGAAACGGAACUUCGGCUAUGAGAGAGGUAGUUGAUGGCACUCCACAAGGCUCGUGUUUGAGUGCGCUGCUGUUCAGUCUCUACAUUAACAGUUUGCCGGCGACUCUCAAAUGCAAGUAUCAACUGUAUGCCGACGACCUACAGAUAUAUCUGUCUGGUCCAAUUUCGGAGGUCGACGAAUUGAUAAGAACCGUUAACGAAGACCUCGAUGCGAUAACGCGGUGGGCCACCGGGAACAGCCUGCAUCCUAACCCGAAGAAGACUCAGGCCAUCAUCUUCAACAAGACGGGAAGAGUUGAGCCGCAGACGGACAUCGUCUUCGACGGAGUGGUAGUGCCGCUGUUGGACACGGUUACAAACCUGGGACUGCAGUUCGACCACAACAUGACGUGGAAACACCAGGUCAACACCGUGGUCCAAAAGGCGUUCAAUACACUCCGAACGUUACGUCGCUUCACACCAGUACUAUCAACAGCCACGCGCCGGAAGUUGGUUCAAGCCGUGGUGGUACCUAUUUUUACGUACUGUGAUGUAGUGUACUAUCAUGGGCUCUCGGCGUCACUCAAAGACCAACUUCAUCGCUGCUUUAAGUCGGCGGUGCGUUUUGUUUAUCGCCUCCGAAGGCGGGAUACAACUGCGGCCGUCAGAAGUACCAUCCUGGGACACGACCUGCCGUCGAACUACCACCUCCGGACAUGUUGCUUCAUCAAGCGGGGGUAUGAUGGCAAUCUGCCUGAGUACAUCCUGGAACAUCUGACACACGGACAACAGCAGCGAACGCGGUCACUCAUCAUCCCGAGGCAUACGACAACCAGUGGAAAAAGUGUCCUGGUGGCGGGAGCGUCUUGCUGGAAUAACCUGCCUCUGGAAGUGAAGCAGAAACCCACCAUGCCUACUUUUAAGAGUGCUGUCAAACGUUUAGUUUUAAAUCAGGAUUAACUUAAGUUCAGUUUUGAUUUGUUGAAUUUUAUUUUGGAUCCUACAGUAAUCAAUCGAUAUGAUACAAUCCUUGACCUGAUGCACAGUUUAUACUAACAGGCUAUCGUAACCAAUAAAACAACAAAUUACAAAUUACAAAUUUUAUUAAUAUCACUAUAUGUUGUGUGAACAAUUUUUUUAUCAACUGUUUAUCAGUUUUUAAGUACUUUUAUGUAUUUAUUUCCCAAUAAAAUAUGUUGUCACAGCAAUUCGAAUUUUUUAGCUCCCAACCAAAAAAAAUAAAAGUUAAAUCAUAUUUUAUAAUAAGUGCAAGUCAUAGAUAUGGACACUACUGAUCUAGGAAAAAAAAACAUUUUGAUAAAUGAGCCUUAAAACAAACCCUAAGCCUUAUUUUGUACUUUCCAAAAAAUAUAAGAAAACUAAGCUUUUUAUAAUUCAGAUUGAAACAAAUAUUUUUUAUAGUGUUAUUGAACACCCAAAUUUUCAAACUACCAGAAAAGCUGAAAAAGUAUACUAAAAUGUUGUUAUUGUACAAGCUAGUUAGUUUAGUUGUUGCAACAUAAAGUGUCAAAAAAGAAUCACCUAAUGAUUCUGAAAAAAUGGGUCCUGUUUCAAUGCGAGCGAAUUCGGCUAAGUAUAAUUCAUUUUUACUUGAUGUCUGGCUCCAUAGUACAAUUCCACCUUUUUGUAUCUAUAUCUAUCAAUGCUUACAAGGUCAACGAAUCCCAGCAAUUUCUGCGCAUGCUCUCAUGUGCAAUAUUUCGUCUCUAAUGUUAAAUCCAAAACGAUUCCCUCGUCCUUCAAAGAAUAGAAGUGAAGAAUAAAAAAAAAACCUUCCAUAAUUCCAUUUCAACGAGGGGAACAGCAUCUAAUUCCAGCGUGCCUCUAAUGUUGGCAGCCGUCUCGACAUUAACCCUCGCUGGUCAAAGGUU